AUGCUUUACACGCACGCUACUAUCAUCACUGUAGAUGGCACCCGUCGGAUCGUCGACGAUGGGGCCAUUCGCGUACAAGGAGACCUCAUUGCCGAUAUUGGAAAGUCUGCGGUGCUCAAAGAUCGCUAUCCGGAGGAUGAUGAACAUGAUCUGUCCGGUCGCAUCAUCAUUCCCGGACUGGUCUCGACCCACAUGCAUACAGCCCAGACACUGCUGCGCGGCACUGCGGAUGAUCUGGAGCUGGUGUCGUGGUUGUGCGAGCGCAUCUGGGUGCUGCAGGGCAAUUUCACCGAGGCAGACGGGUAUGCGGCGGCGCGACUCAGCAUUGGAGAAAUGCUCAAGUCGGGCACGACAUGUUUCUUGGAGAGCAUGUUUGCCAAUCGCUAUGGCUUUGAUGGUCUGGCUCGCGCGGUGGAAGAGUCCGGAAUUCGGGGCUGCUUGGGUAAGAUCGUGAUGGACAUUGCCAAGUAUGCCAAAGACGAUGCGUGGGCGAUGCAUCCGGGUCUCGUUGAAGAUCGCGAGACGUCCCUCGUUGGCACACUGCAGAUGUGGGAGAAGUGGAACGGUGCCGCCAACGAUCGCAUUCGCGUCUGGUUUGGUGCUCGAACACCGGGCGGCGUUUCUGAUGCCUUGUACAAGGAGAUGACCGCCUUGUCGCGUGAGAAACACAUCCCGAUCACCAUGCAUUGUGCCGAAGUCAAGGCCGAUCGGGACUUUUUCGCCUCCGUGUCGCACACACCCAUGUCGUACUGCGAGUCUGUGGGCCUAUUGGGCCCAUCCACUGUUCUGGUGCACAUGGUUCAUCUGGACGAUUCCGACAUCAAAACCCUCGCAGCAUCCGGCACUCACGUCGCGCAUUGCCCGACCUCCAACGCAAAACUCGCCUCGGGAAUCUGCCGCGUCCCAGACCUGCAGCGCGCGGACGUCAAUGUUGGCUUAGGUACGGACGGGGCCCCGUGCAACAACACUUGUGAUCUUUUGCAGGAGAUGAAGUUAGCAGCCAUCAUCCACAAGAGCAUCUCAUAUGACCCCACCGCGGUCCCCGCCGAGUCUGUCCUUGAGAUGGCUACCAUUAACGGGGCCAGGGCAUUGGGCUUGCAAGACCGCAUUGGAAGUCUGGAGAUUGGCAAGAAGGCAGACUUUGUAGCCAUUGAUGUCCGAGGCAUUCACAACCAGCCUUGGCAUAACCCCGUCAGCGCAGUCGUCUAUACUGUGACCGGUCGUGACGUCGACGUGGUGGUUGUCGAUGGCAGAAUGCUUGUCCAGAACGGUGAACUGCUGACCAUGAAUGAGCAGGAGAUUGUCGAGGAGGCUCAGAGACGCAGUCGCGAAGUUAUUGAACGUGCAGGCCUCACUAGUAAAGUGAAGAGUCGCUGGCCUAUCGAAUAA